UUAGUGACGCAACAUCUGCUGAGCAGUGAGCACCAUUUCACCGAACAACACAUACCCUCCCAGGAAAAAUGUCCCCUUCAAUUCAUCCCACGCUCUCAUUGAUCCUAUUGCUUCUCAUUUCACCUUCGUGCCUAAGCUUGGUUUCGAGCUCCAUUCAAGAUGAUUUCGUCCAGUGCCUCGACUUCAACUCCGAGCUCCUCGUGCCGCUCUCCACGUUCUACAAUCAGAAGAGCUCCAAUUUCAGCGCGGUGCUCCAGUCGUCCGCGCAGAAUCUCCGUUACCUCGUGCCUUCCGUGCCGAAGCCCGAGUUCAUCUUCACCCCGCUGAUCGAAGGCCAUGUCCAGGCCGCCGUCAUCUGCUCGAAGGAGCUCGGGAUCCACCUGAGGGUCCGGAGCGGGGGGCACGAUUACGAGGGCUUGUCCUACGUGUCUGAGAUCGAAACCCCGUUUAUCAUCGUGGACUUGAGCAGGCUCCGCUCCGUGAGUGUUGAUUUGGCGGAUAACUCCGCAUGGGCCCAGGCGGGGGCCACGAUAGGGGAAGUUUACUACCGAAUUUCUGAGAAGAGCCGAAUCCACGGCUUCCCUGCAGGUCUAUGCACAAGCCUUGGUGUCGGGGGACACAUCACUGGCGGGGCAUAUGGUUCUAUGAUGAGAAAGUAUGGCCUCGGGGUGGAUAAUGUGCUGGAUGCUCGGAUCGUCGAUGUGAAUGGCCGAAUCCUGGAUCGGGCAGCGAUGGGAGAGGAUCUAUUCUGGGCCAUCAGAGGAGGGGGAGGAGCUAGUUUCGGGAUAAUCCUCGAGUGGAAGAUAAAGUUGGUACCAGUCCCCUCGACGGUGACCGUCUUCACAGUGACUAGGACUUUGGAACAAAAUGCGACGAAGCUCCUGCACCGGUGGCAACAAGUGGUGGACAAGCUUGAUGAGGACCUAUUCAUCAGGGUGAUCAUCCAAGCGCCAAGCGCCAGCGGAGGCAAAGCCGGGCGUACUGUGAGCACGUCGUACAACGCCCUCUUCCUAGGGACUUCUGACCGACUCCUUGGGGUGGUGAAGAAGAGUUUUCCCGAAUUGGGACUCAAGAGGAGCGAUUGCACCGAAAUGAGCUGGAUCAAAUCAGUCCUGUACAUCGCUGGGUACCCAAGUGGGACGCCACCCGAGGUCCUCCUCCAGGGGAAGUCCACAUUCAAGAACUUCUUCAAGGCAAAGUCGGACUUCGUCCGAGACACGAUCUCGGAGACUGAUCUGGAGGGGCUGUGGAAUAGGCUGAUGCAGGAGGACAGCCCGCUGGUGAUAUGGACACCGUACGGCGGGAUGAUGAGCAAGAUCUCGGAGUCCUCAGCGCCGUUCCCGCACCGCAAGGGCACGAUCUUCAUGAGCCAGUACCUGAGUCUCUGGAAUAAUGCUAGCGAGGAUGCCACCAAGCACAUGGAUUGGAUCCGGAGGCUCUACAACUACAUGGCCCCUUACGUUUCCAUGUUUCCUAGAGAGGCCUAUGUGAACUAUAGGGACCUUGACCUGGGCAUGAACAAGAACGGGACAAGCUUCAUACAGGCCAGUGUCUGGGGCGCCAAGUACUUCAAGGACAACUUCGACAGGUUGGUCCAAGUGAAGACCAAGGUCGACCCGGACAACUUCUUCAGGCAUGAGCAGAGCAUCCCACCAUUGCCACUUUCUCUGAGGGGGAAGUGGACAACAGACUGAGGAGAGAGAGAAGAUGGGGUUGGCCCUUGAAAGCGUUGUGUGUGGUGGGUUCGAUUGGUUUUCGUGUGGCACUCUGGUAGGGGAAUUUUCAGGUGCCUGAACACUAAAUUAUAAUGGGGUGUAAAAGGUUUGUGGGUUGGCGUGUGAUCUCUUGAUGGAUGUAAUUGUACUAGAAAUAUGUAAACGUUCUCUUGAUAUGUAGAAGUCCAUGUUCUACUGGAUUGGCGAUGGAUUAGAAUCUUUUAAGGUAAAUUACAAUCAAAAUACGGGUUCGAUUCGAA